AGCGCUGUUGAUUUGCUUCAGCUUCAAAACAUCGCCUCUGCCAAGAAAUUAGAAAGGAAGGUUGCUGGCAGUGAGGAGGGAAGAGAGUGAUCUGGUGAUGGACUAUUGUAAAUCGCCUCUGAUAGAUUCUUCCUAGACCGCAAUGAGUCAGCCACCGACGGGGGGCGCUGCCCCUGCCACAGCCGCAGCUUCUGCCGCCACAGCUGCCACUGAGGCUCGCCUGCACCCGGAGGGCAGCAGCAGAAAGCAGCAGCGUGCUCAGUCACCCGCUAGACCGAGGGACAAUUCGGCGCGACAGACCACCGCGGCCACCCGGUCCCCGGUAGGGGCUGGCACUAAACUCAAUUCUAUUCGACAGCAGCAGCUGCAGCAGCAGCAGCAGCAGGGCAACAAGACCGGGAGCCGCACGGCGCCUCCGGCCAGCGCCCGAGGAAGCGGAGGAGGGGCGGAGAAGGCCGCGCCCCUGGCGCCCAAGGGGGCCGUGCCGGGAGCUGUCCAGUCCUUGGCUGGUGCUGAAGCGGCCCCCGUGGCGACCCUGGCCCCGGUGGGUGUCAGGAGACCUGGCGCGUCGGCGGAGCCGCCCCGGGAGCUAGAGCCCGCGUCCUCUAAACUCGGGGAACCCCCUCCGCUUGGAGAAGGAGGAGGAGGAGGGGGUGGGGAAGGAGGAGGAGCCGGCAGCGGCUCUGGGGAAAGGGAGGGGGGCGCUCCGCAGCCGCCGCCGCCGCCGCCGCCGCCGCCGCCCAGGGGCUGGCGAGGGAAAAGCGUACGCGCUCAGCCGAGGGGCGGCAGUGGCGCGGAGGGGGCCUCCACCUCGCCAUCCACCUCCUCUGCGGGCAAAACCCCAGGCUCCGGCAGCAGAAACUCCGGGAUUGGCGUUGUGGGGCCUGGCAGCGGUGGCGGAGGGAGCUACUGGAAGGAAGGAUGUCUGCAGUCUGAGCUCAUCCAGUUCCAUCUCAAGAAAGAGCGGGCGGCGGCGGCGGCGGCCGCGGCUCAGAUGCACACUAAGAACGGCGGCGGCGGCAGCAACCGCAGCUCUCCGGUCGCUGGCGCCCCUGCCAUUUUUGAGCCCCUCGCAGUCCCUCCCACCUCCCCAAUGGCGGCGGCAGCAGAGGGCCCCCAGCAGGGCGCAGAGGGCAGCGCGAGCGGCGGCGGCGGCGGCAUGCAGGCAGCGGCGCCCCCUUCGUCGCAGCCGCACCCGCAGCAGCUCCAGGAGCAGGAGGAAAUGCAGGAGGAGAUGGAGAAGCUGAGGGAGGAAAACGAGACUCUCAAGAACGAGAUCGAUGAACUGAGGACCGAGAUGGACGAGAUGAGGGACACUUUCUUCGAGGAGGAUGCCUGUCAACUGCAGGAAAUGCGCCACGAGUUGGAGAGAGCCAACAAAAACUGUCGGAUCCUGCAGUACCGCCUCCGCAAAGCCGAGCGCAAACGGCUCCGCUACGCGCAGACCGGGGAAAUCGACGGGGAGCUGUUGCGCAGCCUGGAGCAGGACCUCAAGGUAGCAAAGGAUGUAUCUGUGAGACUUCACCAUGAAUUGGAAAAUGUGGAAGAAAAGCGAACAACAACAGAAGAUGAAAAUGAGAAACUGAGGCAACAGCUUAUAGAAGUUGAGAUAGCAAAGCAAGCUCUGCAGAAUGAACUGGAAAAAAUGAAGGAGCUAUCUUUAAAGAGAAGAGGAAGCAAAGAUUUGCCAAAAUCUGAAAAGAAGGCUCAACAGACUCCCACAGAGGAGGACAAAGAAGAUCUGAAAUGCCAGCUGCAGUUCGUGAAGGAAGAAGCUGCUUUGAUGAGAAAGAAAAUGGCCAAGAUUGAUAAGGAAAAGGACAGAUUCGAACACGAGCUCCAGAAGUACAGAUCCUUUUAUGGGGAUCUGGACAGUCCUCUGCCUAAAGGAGAAGCCGGGGGGCCUCCCAGCACCAGAGAGGCUGAGCUCAAGCUGCGGCUGAGGCUGGUGGAGGAAGAAGCCAACAUCCUGGGCAGAAAAAUCGUCGAACUGGAGGUGGAGAACAGAGGCCUGAAGGCGGAACUGGACGACCUGAAGGGCGACGACUUUAACGGCUCGGCCAACCCCCUCCUGAGGGAGCAGAGCGAAUCCCUGUCGGAGCUGCGGCAGCACCUGCAGCUGGUGGAAGACGAGACGGAGCUGCUGCGGAGGAACGUGGCCGACCUGGAGGAGCAGAACAAGCGCAUCACGGCGGAGCUCAACAAGUACAAGUACAAGUCGGGCGGCCACGAGAGCGCGCGGCACCACGACAGCGCCAAGACCGAGGCCCUGCAGGAGGAGCUGAAGGCGGCUCGCCUGCAGAUCAACGAGCUCAGCGGCAAGGUCAUGCAGCUGCAGUACGAGAACCGCGUGCUCAUGUCCAACAUGCAGCGCUACGACCUGGCCUCGCACCUGGGCAUCCGCGGCAGCCCCCGCGACAGCGACGCCGAGAGCGAUGCGGGCAAGAAGGAGAGCGACGACGACUCGCGGCCGCCGCACCGCAAGCGCGAAGGGCCCAUCGGCGGCGAGAGCGACUCGGAGGAGGUGCGCAACAUCCGCUGCCUCACGCCCACCCGCUCCUUCUACCCGGCGCCCGGGCCCUGGCCCAAGAGCUUCUCUGACCGGCAGCAGAUGAAGGACAUCCGCUCGGAGGCCGAGCGCCUGGGCAAGACCAUCGACCGGCUCAUCGCCGACACCAGCACCAUCAUCACCGAGGCGCGCAUCUACGUGGCCAACGGGGACCUGUUCGGACUGAUGGACGAGGAGGACGAUGGCAGCCGCAUCCGCGAGCACGAGCUGCUGUACCGCAUCAACGCGCAGAUGAAGGCCUUCCGCAAGGAGCUGCAGACCUUCAUCGACCGCCUCGAGGUGCCCAAGUCUGCGGACGACGCCGGCGCCGAGGAGCCCAUAUCCGUGAGUCAGAUGUUCCAGCCUAUCAUUUUACUUAUUCUCAUUCUUGUAUUAUUUUCAUCACUUUCUUACACAACAAUAUUUAAACUUGUCUUCCUUUUUACACUGUUUUUUGUACUGUAA